AGGAGAGGAGCUGGUACUUUCUUCCCAUGGGGGCUUCUUUUCUGUUUGGAUCACCGCGUCGGUCUUCCCUCGGACGUGUUUACUUUGCGGUCUCUGCGUUCAAGCGAGUUUGGGCUCGGGUUCACCGGUUUAGGUACUACCCAGACUUGUGAACAUCAAGGAACUAACGACUCUUUACCUACGCUGGAAAGCAGACAUCAUCCCCACGAUCUACGCUUAGGCACUGGCUAUGCCGGCAAAUAAUAUACCCUUAAAAAUAUGGAUUAUGCAGGACCUGAACGCGUCUCUAUAAAUUGGAGAGAGAUUUAUCCUUUCCACCCAGCAUCUUGAGCUUCGUCCAAGGUCUUUAUCUAGUACAAUGCGCUUCUUCUCUGCUCUCCUCGUAACCGUUGCGACCGCCCUCGUUGUCCGUGGUGCUGCCACCCUGAAUGCCACAGAGGCCGCGAUUUCGUCGUCCCUCAGUGUCAGCCUGAAUAAAGGCAACAACUAUGGCGCUCCCAUCCCGCCCUGGAAGUCGGGAUGUUCGCCAGGAUGGUACUACGGCGAUCAUCCCGAUUACCUGCAGAUCUCCCUGCCUUUGUUAAAGGACAGCCUAAUCUGCUGGCUCUUGGACUUAUUGCAGCUUGGCUUCCUUUGCCCCCAGCCUCCUUACCAUCAAUCCCCUCCCUCGAACAACGAUGGCUACAAACUGGUAUUCUACAAUUAUAGCGGGGCCGUCGAAGGUGACGACUAUUUGACCUACGGACUGGUUGACACUGUUGGGGAGUGCAUGGACAUGUGCGACAGCGUUGACGGAUGCAAUUUCAUUAAUCCCUAUCAUGAUGUUAAUGGAAAGAACGGAAGCCCACUUUUGACAUGCUCGCUUUUCAGCAAGUGCCAUGGCAUUGAGGACGCCAUUAACUAUGGUGGACAGACGCAGCCUGACGGUUCCAUUGACUACAUCACCGACAGCGCAGGAUAUUGCAAGGAUUGAUUGAUUAGGCACAUAUUUAGGGUACCAAAAGGACAUAACAUUUCUUCUGGUUUUCGAGUAGUUUGACUGUUUACGGUGUUGGCCUGUGUGUUCUCACCAAAAAAAACAGCAACUAUAUGUAUUGUUUUUUCUCAAGAAAUAAGCUACCAAGAGGAUUUGAUGCGCCUUAGCUAGAGCCGUGAAAUGAUCCUGGACGAUUAUCUAGGAGCUGUAUUCCUCAGGAAUGCUGGGACAGAUUCACGAACACAAGAAACAUAGACGUGUAUACAUUAUGCAGGUAACUAGAUACCCAG